CAAUACAUAGAAGAAAGCAAAUUAGGGUUUUGGAUUUUCUAAAGCGCAGUCUUAGCCGGAGGAAGAAGGAUCUCAGAGAAGAGAAGCUCCGUUCACCGUCGCCGCCAUGGGUCGUAUGCACAGUAGAGGUAAGGGUAUCUCAGCAUCUGCUUUGCCGUAUAAGCGUCCACCACCGGCUUGGGUCAAGAUAACAUCUCAAGAUGUUGAUGAGUCCAUUUGUAAGUUUGCAAAGAAAGGUUUGACACCAUCUCAGAUCGGUGUCAUUCUUCGUGACUCUCACGGAAUCCCACAAGUGAAAAGUGUUACCGGAAGCAAGAUUCUUAGAAUCCUCAAAGCUCAUGGUCUUGCUCCCGAGAUCCCUGAGGAUCUUUAUCACCUUAUCAAGAAAGCAGUUGCUAUCCGCAAGCAUCUUGAGAGGAACAGGAAAGAUAAGGAUUCUAAGUUUAGACUGAUUCUUGUAGAGAGCAGAAUCCACCGUCUCGCUCGUUAUUACAAGAAGACCAAGAAGCUCCCUCCCGUCUGGAAGUACGAGUCUACUACCGCAAGCACACUUGUGGCUUAAGAAGCGCAAUACCAUAGCAUUUGUUUAGUUCCUUGAAGAACAACCAUUUUCAUAUGGAUCUUUAUUUCCAACUUUGUUCAAGUUACUUACAAUGAGAUUUUGAUUUGGAAUUCUUAUUUUUUUGUACGCAGAAAACAAACUUCAUUAAUUAAAAGCUUCUCACACAUUUUAGUGUUUAAUAGCA